AUGGCCCACAGGCCGCGCGAAAUGCUUUCCAAGGUCGAGCGUGAUGCGCUUAGAGAACUCCAGGCCGACAAAGAUCUGGUCAUUGUGCCAGCGGACAAGGUUCGCUUCACGGGUGUACUGGACAGAACAGACUACCUUCAAAAAUCCAAAGGUUUACUGGAGGACCGACAGUUCUAUGUCCCAUGUGCAAAGAACCCUUUAAAAACACUGACACGCGAAAUUAAUGCCACGUUUUUGGCCUUGGAGGACUCAAGUGCAAUAAAACCGACCAACAGACGCGUGGCGAGACCCCAAGAUACGGCUUUGGCCCGAUUCUAUGGCCCCCCUAAGGUGCGCAAAGACGGCGCUCCUCUCCGAACCAUCCUGUCGCUCAAAGGAACUCCAACAAACGGACUAGUUAAGUGGCUUUUCCGGCGUCUCGAGUUCCGGACCGCUGAGUCAGACACCACAGUCUCUUCGUCAGCAGAAUUCCUGGAGAAACUCAAAGAGGUAAGCCUCCAUCCAAAUGAGGUCAUGGUAUAUUUUGAUGUUACAUCCCUUUUUACUUCUAUUCCCCAGGACCUGGCGAUCGGGACAAUCGAGCUGCUUCUACAAAGCAAAUAAGAUGAAACGGAGAAUCGCCUCGGACGCGCCCAAAUCAUCCAACUCCUGAAGUUCUGUCCCAAGACGUACUUUACGUUUGACGGAACAAUCUACGAGCAGGUAAAGGGUACACCAAUGGGUUCGCCGAUUUCGAGAUUCAUCGCCGAGGCGGUCCUGCAACGGUUAGAGUCGCUGGUCUUCAAAAACACAGACCGAAAUUUUCGGCUCCGUAUGUGGAUGAUACCUUCGUUGCCAUCGAACGGGAUCAUGUGCUGAUGUUCAAAGAACAUCUCAAUACCGUCUUCCCGGACAUUCAAUUUACGACUAAGAAGGAAGAAAACAACUAGCUGGCCUUCCGGGAUGUCCUCGUCUGUCGCAAGGAUUGUGGUGGCCUAAAAACCAAAGUGUUCAGGAAAGCGACAUAUACGACGCAAAUACUGUACUUCAACAGUAACCACCCGCUCAGUCACAAACGCAGCUGCGUAAGGGCGCUAUACCGGCGCGUUGAGACACACUGAAAUGAAACAGAAGACAAGGUUGCUGAAUAACAAUACUUUCAAUGGGCACGGAGAUCCAAUGGUUACCCGCGCAACUCUGUCAACCAGUGCAUGCGGAAUUGACACCAGAGACCAAAUCCAACCGGCCCCAAAUUUUGGCGGGCUCUUCCGUACUUGAAGAACGUCUCGGAAGCCGUCAGUCGUCUUCUCACUCCACUUGGAGUUGGGGUUGCACACAGGCCGGAAACAACCAUCAGGCGCCAAGUCAUGAGGCCAAAAGACCCCCUGCCACGGCAGGAAAAAUCUGGAGUCGUUUAUUGGAUCUGGUGCAACUGCAGACAAAGCAACUACGUCGGAGAAAUUGGGAGAUUAUUCCGUACGCGAAUUGCCAAGCACGCAGCGGCAGUGAGGCGGGAAGACGCCAGCUCUCAGGUAGCGGCUCAUUCGACGGGACCCCGCCAUAUUUUCAGGUCUCAAGAGGCCUUUAUCCUCUCUAGGGGGUGACAACCGCGUGGGUCGCAAGCUGCUCGAGUCAUGGUUUUCAGGCCAGCAAUCCAUCAACAAGCAUAAUGACCUCCCGGUACCAUAUUCCGCGCUGAGAUUUUCCCUGGACAGGGAAUCAGUCACGUGGGGAGGGCGCGGGCGAACAAUUAUCCCAAUGACAGUGAGCCAAUUUGCCGAGCCAUCGUCACACCAGCAUCCAAUACGGAUGACGAAAUCACGGUCAUUACCGACUCGGACUCGGACUGACGAGCCAUCAUCGCAUCAACUACGACCCCUGCGGUAAUCAUGAGAACUGUUAAUGAUAGUACACAUGUGGUCCCACGGCAGCCACGUCUUUGUGCCUCCAUGGCCUUUAUCUGCAACCGUUUCUGAUGAUGCGUUCGAGUGAGAAUCCAAAACGUCAAGCCGAUAAACUUCUUCCACUGAUCGCAUCUUCUUCUUCUUCUUCUUCUUCUUCUUCUUCUGAAUAGUCAUUAUAAGCCUACUAAUCGUCGUCAUCUAGUCAUGUCCACGCCCAGGUUUGCAUGGCUUUGCAUUCGAGCGCCGAUUUCUUGGUCGACGAGAGUCUUUUUUGAAUCUAACUUUGCCAGUGGGUCACGGGCCUGGUGUGCCGUCAGUUGCGAUGCGUAGGCGUAUUCAUUAUGGGGUGUGGGUAUCGACAGAGCUGAAAAUGGAUGAAGGCGAAAUUUCGACUUCCAGAUGUAUGCAUAAGUGAAGAAGAAGAAUCGAGCACCGGAACACUUCGUUUAUUAUCCUGAGCUUUCAGACUCGCCCACGCCGGAAACAAAUCAGGCCGAGAAUCGAUUGAAGCCUGGGCCUCGGAUGAGAACUCGGUCAAUCGAUUUAUCGAUUUGGCGCCGGCGUACAGAGACCUGCGUAGUCACCUCCAGUCGUGCGACGUCGGUCGAUGAUUGGGCCUACGUGCCUUAUAACUGCCGCUUGUCCUGUUUCUGCCACUACCUCUGACGAUGGAGUCCUGUACGCGUCUGAAAGCUCAGGAUAAUAACCGAAGUGUUCCGGUGCUUGACUCUUCUUCUUCUUCACUUAUGAAAAUGGAUUGAUAUAACACUUUUUCGAGCCUGUCCUGCAUCCAACCACUCACAGCCUUCACCACCAUCUAGGGCCAAAAACGGAAGCAUGCGCACGCUCACAGCACAAAUAAUACACAUACGGGGUCUAGCAGAUGGGUCGCAGGCAAAUUAAUCGGUGCGUCACCAUUUGACGUUCUCUGCCACUGUAAAUUGAGUAUAUCACCGCAGAGGAAUGACCCACAUCCAUCCACUGGCUUUCCAAAUCAAACAAACGCCGAACGCACAUCAUGGCGGGCUUUUGAAAUUGAGCCGCCAUUUUUUUCCCUCCAGUCACGUGAACACUUAUUAAUUGCAUACCCCAGUCUAAUUCCUUUGUUUUAAUUGAUAUAUUCCUAUGAGGUCGUCUUUACAGUACGCUAGUACCUUUUUAAAGGAGUUUAAACCCUGCGAAAUUUUUGCAUCGAUUUUUCCGCCUCCUGAUCAUGACUCUAGUGGCUGCACUUUGCGGCCAAUUUGUCGUUUCUGCGAUUAUCUUGCGUUGACGUUCUCACGCUCCCAAACGCAAUGAAAUCACCGUGCCAGCAGCAGUUACACUCUGACAACUUGUCCUGUUUCUCGUCCUUCCUCGUUGGCCUUCCCACGCUCGUAUCAGCAAAGGCCAAUAUUUCGAAAGCAACAUCGCUGUGGAUGGCAAGUUGCGCUUAAACGCCAGCCUAAAAACAAGUUAUCAAUCCCGGGUUUUCUUUCGACUAACUGUCGAUCGGUAUUUAACAAAGCCCAUGAUUUGGAAUAACUUCUGUCAACCAAAGAACAUGGCAAAACAGAAGUUAUUGGCCUUCAGGAGACGUGGUUGAAUAGCCAUAUUGACUCGGAACUAAUCACUCUUUCGUCAUUUUGUUGUUUUCGAAAUGAUAGACCAUCUCCAACAGGCAGUAGAGGUGGAGGAGUGGCCAUUUUUGUCAAUCAAGACUGGUGUAUAAAUUUUGAUAUCAUUAUGCAGCGACACUUCAAUAUGGUGGAGCAAUUUGCCGACCGAAUUCUGAAUGACACCGUCCAUCCUUUUCAUAAUGAGUUAAUGGCUGCGAAAUCCUUACGCCCCAUGCGUCGAUGCUUCCACCACAUCCCUUGUCGCACUUCGGCUUAUCAGAAUUCAAUACUGCCAUUUCUAGCCCGGUAUCUCACCUGCAAAGAUGCUGAAAAACAAAAGCUAAAACUCGAUCUUGCACCUUAAAGUCCUUUUUUCUUCAUAUAUAGUUAUGUCCACCUGUCCAAUACCUGUUAAUCUCUAUGGUAAUCACCGUGUACUGGAGAACCGUUUUUGCUGAAAGUUUUGAAUGUUAUUUUCAAAAUAAAGCAUUCCCCCCUCUCUCUCUCUCUCAAAAAAAGAAUAGCAGGAAUUCCGAAAAGUCAGAUACCUACUAGGCUUAAUAUGACCAAGAUAUGGUAGUGGGGGACAUCUAUUCACCCGGACCGCUGUCUCCCUAUCUCCUGCCAUCAUCUCUUAGCUGAAUUCGAAAAGAUGUACGGCAACUGGGUCGGAAAUGGAUAUGUGCACCCUCCGCUACCUGUAUUAUGCAAAUGGUGCUAACCGAAACCUUUCAUGGGAUAAGCCGUGCUGUUUUAAAUAUAUACAAGUGGAAAAGUCAUACGCUGGAUGCUUGUUUUACUGCAUUAAACAGGCAUUGUACAGGAAGAUAAUUCAGAAAAUCGGUGGAUGGGUGUGUGCCUAUUCCUCUCUUAACGAUAUGAGCAUUGUUUUCACAAAAAAGCGAAUAAAUGUAUAACAGAACACGGAGCGAGGAUUUGGGAUGUUCUUAAGGAAGCAUUGCAGCAAAACAAUGACGCGUUUACUUAGGUUGGACGUCUGGAAGAUUGCUUUAGUCUACAAAGAGACUGCAAAAUGGCUUUCAUUCGAUCUUUGCCUGUGCCAAAACAGCUUUAAGUUUACAGCUGCAGACCUUCAAUGUGUUAAUGAGAAGUAUUACUUUGAAUUUAUAUUAGAGAAAAGGGUUCUAAGUAUUUGUGCCUAUAAGUGAAGAAAAAGAAAAAGAGGGGUCGAGUACCGGAACAUUUUGUUUAUUGUCCUCAGCUUUUGAACUCAUGCAGGAGCCUGUCGUCAGAGAAACCUUAACGGUGAGAUUGGAACGAUUGUUUAUAGGAAGGCAACGAACACCACAUAGCUUCUCAGUUUUCACAGCACCCAUCCGGUGGAUCACAAACGAAGCUGUGUGAAGACGCUCUUCAAACGGAUCCAAACUCAUUGCAGCAAACCGGAGGACAGAGCACGUGAGGCCCGUUAUCUCCGCGACCAGUUUGUGCAAAAUGGCUAUCCGAGGACAUUUAUAAGUCGCUGCCUACGCGGUCGCCCUUAGAGGACUCAAACAUCAACACCACCGGCGAUGUGGCAUUCUCUGCCAUACAUCAAGGACGUUACAGAAGCGACCGAGCACAUUGUCGCGGAGCUAGGUGUUGGAAUUACACACCGUCCCAAAGCCACCAUGCGCAGCACGGUCGUAAAAAUUAAAGACCGGUUAAAGCCUGAAGAGCAAUUUGGAGUGGUGUAUCGCAUCCUGUGUCAAAAUUGUCCUUGUACCUACACAGGACAGACUGGACGCAUGCUCGAAUCGCGCUUACGCAAACAUAAGGUGGCUGUGUGACGAGGCGACGCAUAAGUGGCUGCCCAUACCUACGAAAUGGGUCACGAGUCCAACUUCGCAGCCACCAAAAUAGUCGCCCACGCCGGAAACAAAACAGACCGAGAACUGAUUGAAGCCUAGGCUUCAGGUGAGAACUCAGUCAAUCGAUUUAUCGGUCUCACGCAGUCGCCUCCUGUCUUGCGUAGACGGUCGAUGAUUGGCCUACAUGCCAUAUAACCGUCGCUUGUUUUAUUGCUGUCGCUAUCUCUGACAAUGGACUCCUGUACGGGUGCGAAAACUCAGAACAAUAAACAAAGUGUUCCGGUGCUCGACCCCUCUUCUUCGUCUUCCUCUUCUUCACCUAUACAUACGGCUAGAACUUGAAAUCUCGCCUUCAUUUGUGCUUAUAGCAUGCGCAGACUUAUCGAAUUUUGGGUAGUUUCCAGUUUCUCUUCGAUUCGGGCUUCUUUAUUUACAAGCAUGCUUUUCUGAUGCCGAGUAAAAACGUCAAUCGUUCCCUGAAAAUUAUCAGCUAAAGCUACAUUCCUAUCGAUUUGAAUACCAAACUUGAGGAAUUUCAGCGGGCUCUGUCGGAAGUUAUUUAUCACAGAUUAUUAGAGAAACACACAAAAUUCAUGAUCUUUAUGUCAUUGGUUCGAUCUCAACUGCCGAACCUUGCGAAAAGAAAUGGAAGCUGUUGCACAGCGACGAACUGGCCGGGAGGCUAGUACUUUCUGGCAUCGCGGCUAACAGCUGAGGCGGAUUUUGAUCGGGAGUUCUGCCUCCUACUGUUCUGCAUUCUCGACGUGGGCUUUGCUGGCACCUGACUUGCAAGUUCGCUGACAUCUGCAACGCUGGGGGCUCGACGUAAGUCACUCGAUGGUACUCUGUUCACGGAACCCCUCUGACCGGCAGUUAGAGACGAUCUGAUAGGUUGCGUAUCUGUAAGUAGAAAAAAAUGUUGCUUAUGGUGUCGUCGAUUGUGGUAAGUCUUAGACUGCAGUUUCGCAGACAACCUUGAUUUCGAUAAUUUAAAAAAAACUAUGCACAGUUUCAGUCUGGGGGAACCGUGUUACAUAGUCAUCCGGUAUACCAAAGGGUAAUGUCGUUUGCAUACGUUAAAAUGGUUUCCAUGGUAUUAACAAAUAUUUGGGUCAGAGGUCCUCUGGGAAUGUUCCUAUCCCCCAAAAAGCAGUUGAUCAUGAAAAUGGAGGAUCGCUGGACGCAGGCGAGCAGUCGGACGUAGUUUCUCAAAUCCCGUGCCAUAACUGUUCUUGCCACUACGCAGACCAAACAGGACGACGUCUCAGCUCACGAAUAUGUGAGCACAAACGUGCCGUCCGAAGAGGCUAUCCACUAUCGCAAAUCGCUACUCACACGCUGGAUGAAGGCUAUGAGUUCGACUUCGCCAACACGCGGAUAUUGGCGCGAGCAGGCAACAAGACGGGGCGAGAACUGUUGGAGGCGUGGGUGUCGGACACCAACUCUAUCAACAGACACAUUGAUUUGUCUGCGUGUUGUCACGCGCUCUGCCAAGCAGCCAGGUGGCGCAGCUCACAUCUCCGCGAAGUACAAACGGCGUCACCACGCCGUGGGACCACUGUGGGCCAGGCAGCACAAACCAGACCUCGUCACGGACGUAGUCACCUCCUCCCCACCUCCCCCACGGCACAACGAUAUAAAUGUUCACACGUUGCUGCCCUCUAGCAGUCUCUGA